GCCCCCGUCACAGAUUGCUCUACUACCACACAACCUAGCAGCUGAACUUCGAACGGGCUAGCAUAUCCUGUUUUUAAACUAAUCAGGGAUUUUGCCGCCCAACCCUCAAGCCGCGUGGGGACUAAAAUUUCCUAGAACUUGUAAUCUUAUUGGUAAAUUUAGACACUGUGGUAAUUAUUAUUAGUCUGCUCCAAAUUUCUAUGGUUGGGAAGUAGAUAUAGCUCAUGUUGUAUCCUGACGAACAGACAUAACCCAACAAGAUCUCGACACUAACCACCAAAAUGGCCUUCAGCUUCAGGAACGAGUUCUCGCGAGAUGGGCUCUGCGCGGUCAGAAAGGAUAUGGACCGGCAGCCAAAAUGCAAUGGGUGCCGCAGAGUAGAAUCACUAAUUCGAUAUUGUGAGAGAUACCUCACCGCGGGAUCUAAGCCAAAGCCGGUUCUUUUCCACAACAGUUAUCGGGAACUCGAAUUCUGUGCGGAGAAAUGCAGUACCUGUAGAGUCAUUCGCCGAGGCUUCCUGCUUAAUCAAGCCACCUUUACUCAAGCCGAAAUGCUUGGACUACGGGAACAUCAAGUGCCUCUAUGGGCAACCAUCGAGGAUGGGAAACUCGGUGCGAGUUUGCAAAAACAUGCCGAUAGCCUCGUCCUAGGGGGCAAUAGAAUCGACCUGCAGAUGGGAUCGUUCGGCGGGAUCGAUGAGCGGUCCCUUCCAGCUAUUGCCUCAGAUAACUCGGUCUGUGCAGAGAUCCGGACAUGGGCAAGGGGCUGCCAAACUAGCCAUCCAGAUUGCGGCAAUCUCAAUUGGUCCCGGAGGAAUCCCACUAGAUUAAUCUGCAUAUUGUCGGAUUCCUUAGUCCAGAUUGUGGAGACUCGUCACAUGGAAUUUCUUGAAUAUGUCUCCCUAAGCUAUUGUUGGGGGUCGAAUCAGGAAAUAGGAAAUAAACCUAUCCCGGAGACAAGGACAGUGCGGGCGAAUAUUGCCCAGCGGAGACGACCCUUUCCGAUUACCGAUUUGCGGAGGACGAUACAGGACGUUAUUCGUUUUAUCAAGGGUGUCGGCAUUCAAUUCGUAUGGAUCGAUUCCGUCUGUAUCAUCCAGGACAGCGCUGAGGAUUGGGCAACGGAAGCCUCAUUAAUGGCAGGAGUAUACAGUAACGCUCAUUUCACACUGUGCUCGGUCGCAGUAGAAAAUGCCGACACAGCUUUAAUCCGACCCCGAGAAGCCUGGAAGCAUCCGAUCGAACCAAAUUGCCAACUUGCGGGUCAGCAUUUGUCAGCCGUAAGCCCACCGUUACAUGAGCUAAAACGACAGGCCCCAUACUCGGCCAGGGCUUGGAUUCUGCAGGAAGAGAAACUCUCGCCAAGGAUCUUGUACUGGACGCCGCAACGAAUGUACUGGUCUUGUGCGACUCAAAGAUCCGUGGAGUGUGCCCAAUUCCAAAUGCAGAGGCGGCAGCCCGACGCAUUUAAUGACUACAACCCUACUCAGGCAUUCCUCCGCGCCUCGCGUGACGGCACGGACUUACACCUACAUUGGAAGGAUUUAGUAGAGGAUUAUACGAAAAGAUUGCUCACUAAGUCUAGCGAUAGAUUUCCGGCCUUGUCCGGUGUCGCGGCAAAGUACCAACUCGCGCGAAGUGAUGAUGAAUAUUUAGCCGGGCUCUGGCGUAGGACUAUCGAUGAGGACCUUGCCUGGCGCGUCGAAUCGCCCGCACCUCCUAAUCGCCUGCGAGGUCGAAUCGAAGGCAUCCCUUCUUGGUCCUGGGCAUCACUUCCAGUGGCAACACCCGCAAAUAUGAGUCGAAACUGGAUUCCUUGCGACUCUUUUGUAUUCAUGGGAUCUCAGAUACCAGACCAGCGUCUGGAUAUCCUCCAGAAAAUGGACGCGAGCGCGCUAACAGACCAGAGCACCCACAAGGUACAAAAGGGUGCCGGCAUCACCAGCAUCAAGGUCCGAAGCCGAAUGCGGCCUUUACUGCGGGCGAGUUCCGAACGACGCCCUUGGUCCGACGUCAAGUCCCGCGACGGAAGAGAUGGGAAAUUCGAGUUCGCACGUUUCGUUGACCGUAAUAUCCACUGCGUUGAGCCAGAUAAGGGACUGCUUCUACUCUAUGAGUCACAGAGGCAGGAGAUCGUAUAUCAAUUGGAUUACUUGUCAGACACGAGCGAAGUACUGUCCCGCAUAAACCAGCUCGAAUGUAUUGAACUGGGAAGGCAAGCUAUGCUGCUUGUUGAAAGUUGCGGGUAUGUUGCAAAUGAUUCGGCGAAAUCAUAUAGACGACUGGGAGUGUCGCUGGGGCCUGCUCGAUCGGAUUUCUUCAAUAACGCACCAAUUGAGACGUGCAAUCUGAUAUAAGAUCGACCAGUGCAGCAGGGGCGCGAUCAACCUGAGUGAUUAACACCUAGAAGGACCCUCUUAGGGUGUAAUUGUCAUUUCUGGCUUCAACGCGCACCCCCCGCGACUUACACUAACAUCAAUUCGGCGUUCACGGUCUUGUGUUCAUAUACAUCUCAUCCAGAUUGUCCUAGUUUUAACGCAACAAUAACCUCGUCGGCAUUCUUCAUUAAGUAUUAUUAUUUAGCUUUCUUGGGGGGGGGUUCUAUACACUCCCGGCCAAAUAUUUCUCAGAGGCGUGGUCGGAACUGGCCCGCUAGUUGACCUCUACCAGUUGUUGGUAUAAGCGCGCGAUAUCAAAUCUUCAUCGUGGCGCGUCAG